UUGAAAAUAAGCAAGUCGUAGUCGUACUAGUCGUACGUAGAUUGAUGUAUAAUAAAUGGAAGCAUCGAUGAGAAGGAAGUGUGUGCUCGUUUGACGAUUAGUUACUUAUAGAAGCGAAUGAACUGCAACAGUUUGUGGAUAAAUUUCAUUAUUGAGAUAAGACAAGGGGGAAGCAUAAAAGACAGACCACCAUUGACCACAACGAUGGGCUGUAGCAUACAGUGAUUAUGACGGAGGUUAUAUUUUUGUAGCGGCUUCUGAAUUACAACAGUAAUGAGUAGUUUGGAAAAGUUCGCUAUGGAUGUAGAACCUGAAAAAAGGAAGGAGAGCAAAUUGAAGAGACCAUCAACCUCUUCUUCCAAUGAUAAUUCUGAUAAUAAUAAAAAACGACGAAAUAUGUGUAGCAAAGAUAAGAGGAAAAAAUCAAAAAGCAGAAGUAAUUCCAAUAGCUCUAGUUCUUCCAGUUCUUCAAGUCUAGAAAAAAAUACUCGUGUAUCGAGAAGGGACAAGAGAGAAGACGAAAGAAACAAGAAUGUAAAUGAAUAUAGAGCUAAGAAGUAUGAAAAUGGUAGGGACUUUGGACGCAGUGGAAGCAGCAAUUACAGAUUUUACAAAAGGAGGAAUAACUUUGCCGAUCAGAGAAAUUAUAGAAAUCAUUCCCAAUUUUACAGAAAUACUUAUUACAAUAGGAACAGAAGGGAAGGAUAUAAUAAUAGACAUAGAACAUCUGGUUAUCACAGACCAAGGUUAUAUGAUUAUCAGAGAUAUUCUGGCAAGGAUGCAACUAGUCAGUCUAUACGAGAGAGCAGUUCGAAGGAACGUGCAGAUCGAUCAAGAACUACCUCUAAAACAGAAAAAUCUGACUUAAUGAAAAAUAACACAACACUUGAUCAAGAAAAAGAGAUAGAAAAAAAACCAGCAGACAUGGUGCAAGACAAAGAAAAUCCACUCAUAAAAAGUCACAAAAAGUCAAAGAGAAAACGAUCUUUGUCUACAUCUAGUUCGUCAAGUGUCAGCAGUAGUAGCAGCAGCUCAAGCUCCAGUAGUAGCAGCUCCAGUAAUAGCAGUAGCAGUGAUACUGGCAGCACCAGCAGUAGCAGUAGUACUGAAAGCUCGGAAGACGAAAAAAAGCGAAAGAAAGCCAAGAAGAAGGCCAAAAAAUUAAAGAAGAUUAUGAAAAAACGAAAGAAGAAGAAACGAAAGAUGAAAAAGAAAUUAAAGAAAAAGAUGAGAAAAAGUGCGUCUAAGAAAAAAGGACACAAAAGAUCUAAAGAGAGUAAAGAAAGUCAAGGCGGUAAAGAGAUCACAAAAGAAAUCGAGGCUAAAAUGACAGAAAAAUCGAAAGCAAUGGCGCCUAUGACAAGAGAGGAGUGGGAAAAAAGACAGAGCAUUAUGCGCAAAGUUUACGAUGAGGAAACAGGAAGAUAUAGAUUGAUAAAAGGAGAUGGAGAAGUAUUGGAAGAAAUAGUAAGUCGAGAAAGACACAAGGAAAUUAACAAACAGGCUACCAAAGGAGACGGAGAAUACUUCCAAGCGCGUAUAAAAAAUGCGAUGUGAGCUAUUUUUUUAUAAAAUUGUAUUCUGAUCGCAAGUAUAAUUUUAAUAUCUUUAUUAUACACCACUUGCAUUCUGUUUGUGUCACAUAUCAACGUCAAAAUAAUUAUUUCAAACACAUUUAUAUGAAAAGUAUGCAGAUAUAUAAGAAUUAAAUAAAUGAUUGUAACCUGUGCACAUAAGUAACAAAUGUUUUGUUAAAUUUAUAACUUUUUUACAGUGUAGUUCACAAUUCGAUGAUGCAAAAUCGUAAAUAUUAGAAAUAAACUUUUAUUGUACAUCGAAUUUAUCUCAUCUUAUAACACUCGUCUCGAGGAAAAAUAAAUUUAAAAAAAUAUAUUCGUAUAUGUUAAAUAAAUUUUAUUUAAAAAAUUUAACAC